ACAUGUCGAACUUUUCCAGAACACUGAGGACGCACGUCUCAAAGACAACAUGUAAAGAAGAAAUCGAAGCAAUCAAGUGCAUGACUGACCUAGAGGUACUUGAAGUUAGAAAAUCAGAAGAAAGUCUGAUGUCACGUGAAGAGCAGGAAGCAACAAAGAAGGUUUCGAAGUCGCUGGUGUACAACGGUAGCCGCUAUCAAGCAGCUGUGCCAUGGAGGGAUCAGGAACCUCAGCUGGUCAGCAACUAUGAAGCAGCGAUGCAGCGUCUUGUUCGACUUGAGCAGUCCUUGAAGCGACUUGGAGGCGACCUGCCUGCCAGGUAUGGUGCGAUUCUUGAAGAGUACGUCAAGAAGGGCUACAUGAGCAAAAUCCUCGCAUCCAAAAGAGAGCACAGUGGUGAAAAAGAGUGGUUUUUACCACACUUUCCAGUCGUCCGAGAAGAAAAGGAGUCGACAAAGGUCCGAAUAGUGUAUGAUGCAGCUGCAAAGUAUCAGGGAGUGAGCCUGAAUUCACAGCUUCUCCCAGGGCCGUCUCUUUAUACUGACCUGGUCGAGACACUGCUCGGAUUUAGACUGCAUCGCAUCGCACUGAUCGGUGACGUCUGCGAGAUGUUCUUGCAGGUCGAGCUGGCUCCGGAUGACCGCAAGUAUCACCGAGUACUGUGGAGAAACAUGAAGGACGAGGAGCCCACCGUAUACGAGUCAAACAGAUGGCUGUUUGGAAACGCGGCCGCUCCAUUCGUCGCACAGUUCGUGCUAAAAGAAAACGCCAAGAAGCACGCCAGCGCGUUUCCGCUGGGCUCUGAGGUGCUACUGAAACAUUUCUACAUGGAUGACGGCAUCCAGUCCUUCCGAACCGAACACGAGGCUGUAAAGGCGAGAGAGCAGGUCAGUACCAUUUUGGAAGAUGGUGGCAUGAAGAUCAAGAAAUGGAUGUCUAACAAUGCGAGUGUGCUGAAGGCCAUCCCCAUCGAAGACAGAGCAGUCAGCUCUCAGCACUUCUUCGAAGAUCAAGGCUCGGUACCAACCAAGACGCUUGGAGUAGUCUGGUCAGCAGACGAAGAUCGCCUGUCCAUAGACACGUCAAAGCGAGGAGGCCUCUGCGGAGAACUGACCAAAAGAGCGUGCCUCAGGGAAAUGGCAUCCGUCUUCGAUCCGCUCGGUCUGUUCGUGCCGCUCACCAUUCGAGCGAAGAUGCUGUUUCAGCAGACGUGGAACAGCGGAGUAGACUGGGAUGACGCCUUGCCAAGUGACCAGCAGCUGAAGUGGCGUGAGUGGUUUAAAGAUAUACUGCAGCUCAGCAGCCUUUCAGUGCCAAGAUGUAUUCAUCCUUUCCCAGACGCUACCCUCCAGGAGAUUCACGUCUUCUGUGACGCCUCGGAGAAGGCCUACGGCACCGCUAUUUACGUCGUCUCCGAAUGUGAAGGUAAACGAGCCUCUCAGCUCGCGCUGGCUCGCGCUCGGGUAGCGCCACGAGGGAAGAUCCAAACUAUUCCAAGACUGGAGCUCAUGGGCGCCCUGCUAGGAUUGAGGCUUGUGAAGACGCUGUGCACAGCAAUGAACAAGACACUAGAAGAGGUGCACUUUUGGUCCGAUUCGAUGGACGUGCUGUGCUGGAUUCGGAAUGAAGUCCGCCGCUUUCAGCCGUUCGUCGCCCACAGGAUAUCAGAGAUCUGUGAGGUGACGUCACGUGAACAGUGGCAGCACGUGUCGGGGACAGACAACCCGGCAGAUGCGCCUACCAGAGGCUUAAGUUUUAGUGAGCUGAAAGAGAGUCGGCUCUGGAUGGAAGGGCCCAAGUUUCUGCUAGAAGACAGUAACGAGUGGCCACCGAAGAAGAAAUUUCAAGCGGAGCAGUUCGACAAGUCUGAGUUCAAGAAGGUAGCCAAGAAAGCACUGACGAAGACGUUAGAACGAGCGGAUCUCACCGAUGAAGAGCUGCAAACAGCCUUCUGCAAGGCUGAAGGACUUCUGAACUCACGGCCCCUUACAGCCGUCUCUUCCGAUCCCAACGAUCGGCCGCCGCUGACACCGGGAGACUUCAUCACUGGACCGUCGAGAGUCGAGAUGGCUCCCUCAGCAAGCAACGAGGGAUGCAGUCUGCGACAGCGCUGGCGACGCUUGCAGCAGCUCAACACAGAGUUUUGGCGUCGCUGGUUGCGUGAGUACCUGCCGACUCUGCAGGUGCGGCAAAAGUGGACUGAAGCUCGACAGAAUCUGAGGGAAGGAGAAGUUGUCUUACUUCUCGACCCGAGCGCACCUCGAGGAAACUGGCCGAUGGCGAGGGUGGAGAGGACGUAUCCUGGCUCAGACGGCCUGGUCAGAGUGUUGGAUGUGAGAACGCCAAAGGGGCUUCUGAAGAGACCAGUCACCAAGAUCAUUCGGCUGGAGAUGGAGCAGUGACUUGCUCCAAAAGACGAUGGGGUGAAGUUCUGAAUGACAUGAGGGGGUCAUUCAGGGUCGGGGGAGAUGU